UUGAGUUGCUUUGACUGUCACCUCACCAAUGACGUUAGUCAAAAUAUUGCUCUGUGGAUAUAUCAUAAAAAUUAUAAAUUUUCUGAUUUGUUUUAUGAUGGUGCAUUCUUCCAAAGGCUAAUUUCCUUAUUUGACUUCUAAUCACCAGGAUUAGUCUAACAUACAUUGGAAGCAUGGACCACAAAAAUGUUAGUGCGUGCACAAUUCGACCAUCUGUUCAAUCUUAUGCAACAAAUUAAAUAUUAUUUAAAAGAUUUACAUUAAAACCUACUUUCAUCCAAACUUCUUUAUAAACCAUGGCUUCAAAAACGCGGUUGUAUUCACUGUCACAUUCAGAUCAAUGACUUUAAUCACAAUAUUAUAUUGGGCCUAUUAUAUUAAAUUUCUAAUUUUUCUACUUUGUUUUACAAUGGUGCAUUCUUCCAAAGACUAUUUCCUUUAUUUUGCCUAUGGCAGUAAUUUGUUGAAAAAGAGACUUCGUAUAAAUAAUCCAUCCGCGGAGUUCGUUGGCAUCGGUGUUCUUGAUAACCAUCAGUUGGACUUUGUAAAGUACUACGGGAACUGGGGUGGAGCAGUAGCGACGGCAGUUCCAAGGCCGAGCAAGUCUGUAUGGGGUGCCAUUUGGAAAAUGCAUCAAGAUGAUCUGGUUACCCUUGACACACAAGAAGGAGUACUGAGCAAAGAAUAUUUCGCUAAAAUGGUACAUAUCUGCUCACCUGACGGAAUGACAAGUAGAUGUAGGACAUAUCAGCACACAUUUACUCCUCAAGUUUUAUUGCCCAAUGAAACACUUCCUUAUGAGAGAAGACCAUCAAUAACAUAUAAAGAAGUUAUUGUACAAGGUGCCAUCGAAUGUAAUUUACCAGCAGAAUAUAUUGAGAUGUUAAAACAGCUACCACAUAAUGGACAAAAUGCUUCAGAUGAUAUCAGAAAGCGUUUGGAUAUGUAGUCUAAAAUAAUGAUCAUCAUGGCUGCAAAAUUUAAACGAUCAGACAAUUUUGUGAUCCUGCAAUUGGAUCUAUAGCGUUGUCUGCUUGAGAAUGAUCUGUAAUGCACAGUUUAUUUUACAGGAUGAACAAAUAAGUUUUGUUGGUCUCUUAAAAAUCAUUUUACUUAUGUUAAUUUAUAGAAUGUUUAUAUUAUUUUGAUACCUUUACACAAUAAAUGGCAAAAUCCAAACAAAGGUGA